CUAAAAUGUGACGCUUCUUUACACUUCCGGGUCGGAGUUUACUUCACACAUGUGAGAACUCAAGAAAACCGACUCGGAACAGACUACAGCAGGUUUCUCCUCAGUGAACAAGAUGGACGGGAAAGUGAAGGAACAGAAGCGGCAUCAGCAGAAGCAGAGUGGACCAAAAGCAGAGAGAAAGAAGCUAAAGAAGCAGGGUGGCUCCACGGAAGAGGAUGCACGCAAACGCAAUCCCAAAGCGUUCGCCGUCCAGUCGGCCGUCCGCAUGGCCAAGACUUUCCACAGGUCCCAGGACAUAAAGCUAAAAAAACAUCACAUCCCCCUUGUAGACCGGACUCCCCUGGAACCACCUCCGAUUGUUAUUGUAGUAGUAGGACCCCCCAAAGUAGGAAAAAGCACCCUGAUCCGAUGCCUGAUCAAGAACUUUACUCGACAGAAGCUCGGCGACAUAUGUGGACCAGUAACCAUUGUCUCCGGAAAGAAGCGCCGUCUGACUUUCAUGGAGUGUAGCAAUGACAUCAAUACAAUGAUCGACCUCGCGAAAGUGGCUGACCUGGUUUUGAUGCUGAUUGAUGCCAGCUUUGGCUUCGAGAUGGAGACUUUUGAGUUCCUCAACAUCUGCCAGGUGCAUGGCUUCCCUCGUAUCAUGGGCGUGCUUACUCACUUGGACUCCUUCAAGGACAACAAAGCGCUGAGGAAGACCAAGAAAAACCUCAAACAUCGCUUCUGGACCGAGGUGUAUCAGGGCGCCAAGCUGUUCUAUCUGUCUGGCAUGGUGUACGGGGAGUAUCAGGCUCAGGAGGUGAAGAACCUUGGACGCUUCAUCUCGGUCAUGAAGUUCCGUCCUCUGGUGUGGCAGACCUCCCACCCGUAUGUGCUGGUGGACCGUAUGGAAGACCUAACUGAUCCGGAUAGGUUGAGGACGGACCCCAAGUGUGACCGGACGGUUUCACUCUACGGCUACCUGCGAGGGACAUUUUUGAAAAACAAAGGCCAGGUCCACAUCCCAGGUGUUGGAGACUUCCAGGUGGGGGACGUGAACUUCUUGCCUGACCCGUGCGCCCUGCCGGAUGCUCAGAAGAAGAGAGCGCUUAACGAGAAGGAACGUAUGCUCUACGCACCAAUGGCUGGUGUUGGGGGGGUCGUAUACGACAAAGACGCAGUGUACAUUGACCUGCCGGCUAGCCACGUCGAUCAUCAACAGGAGGAGGUGCGGCCCAACACAGAGCUGGUCCAGUCCCUCAUUGACACACAUGCCACCCUAGAUGAAAAGAUGGCGGCCAGUAAGGUGUCUCUGUUUAGUGGUUCUGCCACCCUGGAACCCGCUGAAGAGCAGAGCAGAGAGGAGGGCGGCCUCGAGGAGAAGUGUGUCUGGGACCCGACCACCCAGAGAAAGAGGAGGAAGGUGGUCUUCACUACGGAGGAGGAGGAAGAUGUCAGCGGCUCGAGUGACGACGAUGAGGAUGGUGAAAGUGAAGACAGUGACCAGGAGGAGCAGCGGAAGAAUGAACAUGAGGAGAACCUGUCCACAUAUCUCAAAGAGGUGAGAGCCGAAUGUGACGAGACAGAAAAGACUGUCACAGACGCUCCACCAGUGAAGAGACCAAAACUGGAUGAGCGGAAAGGAGAAAGUGCCGAGGUGCCGGCGUUUGCUGACAGCGAAGAUGACCUGGAGAUGAGUGAGGAGGAGGAGAGUGGAGAAGAGGGGGAGGCCGGGAGAGCAGGAGACUCCGGACACUGUUCUGAAGAGGAAGAGAGCGAAGAUGGAGAGGAGGAAGAUGACGAGGAAGAGUCUGAAGGUGACUUGGAAGGAAAGGGAAAGGCAGCAGACGCCACAAUGGACGAACAAAUGGCAAGAGAGAGUACGGAGGAGGAAGAGGAGGAAGAGGGUCUACGGUGGAAGGAGGGUCUGCGGCAGAAAGCAUCGGAGGCGUUUCUACGGCAACAGCAAGCUGUUCCCAAUCUGAGAAAAUUUGUUUAUGGUUCAGUUGUCAAGGCAGAUGAUUCUGAGGAUGAGGAGCAGGAGCUGGGGGGGCUGUUUCGUGUCAGCCGCCCUCAGAAGAGCAAGAAGUACCAGGCGAAUGCUGUCGACAGCUCUCGUUUCAACUCGGACACCUCCCACAAGUGGGACCAGGAGGAGAUGCUGAACUCCAUCAGAGACUGUUUUGUUACUGGGAAGUGGGAUGAGAGCCAAGAUGCUGCCACACUGCUGAAGGAGGAUGAGGAGCUGUAUGGAGACUUUGAGGAUCUGGAAACGGGAGAAGUUCACAAGAACCCAACUGGGAAGCAGAAUCGGGCAGAGCAGAAUGGUGAGAACCCCGAUGGUGAUGAUGAUGAUGAUGAUGACGACGACGACGACCAUGAAGAAGCUGUGGUGAAGAUGGAUGACGACGAGGUCCAGAAGAACAAGCGUCUGGAGAAGAAACAGAGGCUGAAGGACAGAUUCAAUUCGGAGUACGAUGGCGGAGACGCCACGUACUUUGAUGACCUGAAGGAGGAGCUGCAGAAGCAAGCCGAGCUGAACAGGGCUGAGUUUGAAGGUGUGGACGAUGAGACCAGAGUGCAAUACGAAGGCUUCAGACCAGGAAUGUACGUCCGACUAGAAAUCUCCAGUCUACCCUGCGAGUUUGUUACCAACUUCGAUCCCCAUUAUCCCAUCAUCCUCGGAGGUCUGAGCUCCGCUGAGGGCAAUGUAGGAUACCUGCAGAUGCGGCUGAAGAAACACCGCUGGUAUAACCGCAUCCUGAAGACGCGCGACCCCCUCAUCCUGUCGCUUGGCUGGCGCCGCUUCCAGACCAUCCCCCUCUACCACAUUGAGGACCACAACGGACGCCACCGCCUGCUCAAAUACACGCCACAGCACAUGCACUGUGGAGCCUCCAUCUGGGGUCCUGUCACACCACAGGGCACCGGCUUCCUGGCUGUGCAGACAGUAGCAGGAGUAAAGGCUAAUUUCCGAAUCGCAGCCACAGGAGUGAUCCUGGACCUGGAUAAGUCUGUGACUGUAGUGAAGAAGCUCAAACUCAUCGGUUACCCCUACAAGAUCUUUAAGAACACCUCUUUCAUUAAGGGCAUGUUCAACACUGUGCUGGAGGUGGCUAAAUUUGAAGGUGCCUCUGUGCGAACAGUCUCGGGGGUCAGAGGUCAGAUCAAGAAGGCGCUGUCUACGCCAGAAGGAGCUUUCAGAGCCUCAUUUGAGGACCGCCUACUCAUGAGUGACGUCGUGUUCCUGCGCUCCUGGUUUCCGGUGUCUGUUCCUCAGCUCUACAACCCUGUGACCUCUCUGCUGCUGCCCGUCGGUCACAAGGACAGCUGGGCGGGCAUGAGGACCCUGGGACAGCUCAAACACGACCUGGGCAUCCGCAACAAGCCAAAUCCAGACUCUCUAUACAAGCCGGUGGUCCGAACCAAACGUCAAUUCAACCCCCUACACAUCCCCAAGGAGCUGCACAAGGCCCUGCCCUUCAAGAGCAAACCCAAACAGCAGCAACAAAAAGGAAAGACACCCAGAGAUCUCCAGAGGCCCAGUGUGAUCAGAGAGCCCCACGAGAAGAAGGUGGCGGCCCUGCUCCAGGCUCUCAGCACGGUCCACAACUACACGAGGAAGAAAGCCCAUGCGGUGCAGCACGCCAAACACAAGGAGUUCCUGCAGCAGAAGGGGAAGCAGGAGGAUGCCAAGCUGAAGAGACAGAAGGAGGCCCGGAAAAAACUGUACCGCGUCAUGGGCCAAGAGGACAAGAUGAAGCAGCGGUCCAGUCUGAAGGGGGCGUCCAAGGACGACUAACUCACUGGACCUGACUCACAAGGAAAAACCUCUGCAGACUGAGAUGUUUCGUCUGCUCUUGGGACUGUUCACAUGCGUUUCAGACUGUUUUCAUUGUAUUUUUUAUAUGUAU